AUCGAAAUGGUCACCUGCGAUAAAAAGAAAACUAAAAUGCACUAAAAACAAACACCCCGCUAACAAACCGACGAACUGUAAAUAAUUGUAUAAAUAAAUGUAACAGUAAAUAAAAGUUAAAGUAAAGUUAAAGCGCCUGCGCAGAGGUACCUCCAGAAUACGUGUGUGCCUACAAGUUAUAAGCAAGCGGAUUGUGCCUCCCAGCUACAGCAUAGAAUGUGCCUCAAUUAUCCAUAGAUUGCGCCUUACGGAUUGUUGUGCCUUGAAAUGUAUUUGUUUGAUCGAUUUUGUGUGUGCGAAGAAGCCACCUUGUGAAGGCAUUUCUCAUGUGAAACAAGUGAACAAAAUGCGAGCAUAGUUCCCAUAGUGCGAGGGUCAACAAAUAAAACAAAAACCGAAAAAGUGUGUUACCAACCAACCCUCUGUGGAAGCCAACCCCAAGGAAAACUCACUUCCUUCUUAUUAACCAACUUUUGUUACGUUUUUUAUACGGUGCCGAUGACUAAUUGCGUUUAUAUAGCCCGACUAUAUAAAGACUGUACAAUAAGACACGGCCGACAAACAACCCCUUUUAAUUUCCAAAAAACCAACGAAGAAACUUUAAUUUCAAGUGCUGGAAAUUGCUUCGCUCUGAAGUGAAGUUUUAGAUUUUCAUAGCAAGCAAAGAUUUUCCUUACAUUUUCAUUUGGCAUUUUGCACGGGCAUAAACUCGAUAGGAAUUCGAGCAAUCAAAAGUGAACUAAAUUCGAAGUAGAGCAAAACGAUAAAAGAAUCAGCAUCAAACAGAUGCAGUUGCUGCCACAGGAGUUUGCUGCAUAAUUAGCAUUCAAAACGGAACAAGACACAGACAGAAAGAUACAGAUACAGCUGCUGCAAAAUGUAUCUCAUACAGACUGUUCAGACCACUUGGCGGCCACAAUUGCCGCUGCCCAAGGAGCUGCAGCUAACAGAUGAACGGCACAACGAUACGAAACUAAUAUCCACCAAAGCGGACAUUCAUUAUACCCAGAAUUACGAGGAGAACUAUCAGCCAGCAGCAGGAGCAGCAGAGGAGGAACAGGAGCAGGAGCAGCAGCAGAUGGAUCGAUUGAGGGGCAAUCAUGGUGGGAGCAUCGGAGGCUCCUCCCAGCAGUUGUCCCACAAACAGAAAUGGUCCUUUGGCCGACUAUUUCGAGGCAAGAAAAAGGAUGCAGCAGAGUGCAGUCCGUCAUCCAGUGAGGAGGAUCGCAAGGCCGGCUUUGUGCCCACCCAACGACAGUCGACGGGCAGUGGCAAGCCCAAGGGAAAGCCAGGGAAAUCCACUGCCUCCAGAGGCAGCAGCAGAUACGAGGAGCAAGCGCCGCCACCGCCACCACCACAUCCCUCCCACUCCAUUGACAAUGAGUUUUUCCUGCCAGUGGAGACGAUACAGCAGCAGCCGGAGCCGUAUUACCAAAAUCAACCAGGACCAAGCUACUACCAUCGUUCGAUGAGUAAUUCGUUGGACAGACGGGGACUCAUGCAACAGCAGCUACAGCCACACCCACAGCACAUGGCUGGCAAGUCCCGCUCUGCGCAGAGGAAACCCCCGGGCGUGCAUCACUCCAGCGCCGAGGAGGAGCUGAUCUCAUUGAACUCUUCGACCUUCUCCAAGUACCGCAGCGACGAGAGCAUCCACAGUGGCGGGCACGCCCUGAUGCAGGGCUCCGCUCAGUCCCAGUGCCCGUCGCAGUCGCAAAACAGUCGCCGCAGUCGUGCGGCACGCAACGAACGCUACUACAAGCGACUCUCACGCGAUGGAGAGCAGAGUCAUGGCGGUGUGCCACCGCUGCCCAAUUCACAGCGCUACAAAACGCAGCCACUGCCGUUGUCCAUCUAUCAGCCGAGUGCCGCGUAUGUCCAGUGGCAGCCACAACAGCAGCCGCAGCAGCAGCAGCAGCAGCAGCAGCAGCAGAGGCCGCUGCAGAAUACGAUUCAGAGCGAUGGGAAGCGCAGCAUCAGCUACGACAGUCACAUCCAUUUGCAGAAUGUGAAUGGCAGGAUGCAGAGCAAGCCACUGCCACCGCCGCCACCACCACGUGAUCCACUGCGACGUGUGCAUGCCGUGGGCUCCAGCUCGGGCGAUUUGCGUCCCGUUUCCUAUGCCUUUGAUCACAGUGGAAGGUGUGUGUCGGACGAUAGAAUAUGGCAGCCAGCGCCGCACUAUCAAUCGGUGCAUUCAUUGAACUCUCAGCCCAGCUCCUCGAUAGCCAGUGCGCCGCCAGUGAGCCAACAGCAGCAUCAUCGACGCUUCAUCACUCGCUCGGAGCGGAAUGCCAAUCCUGGCAAGCAGUCCCUACCAAAUGGCAUUGAUUUUCACUACGUGGCAGAUGCCACACCGCGCUCCCGUAAGCCCAUACACAUGAUGGAGGCGGACAAGCAGGAGGCAACACCACCCUCCAGUGGAAUGCUGAGAACCUCAAAGAGUGGACUACCCACAGCAGCGGCAGCGGCUGCACCACAGCCCAUACUCAAACCCCGCUCCAUUUCCAGCUCCCGUUUGAGCGAAAUGCGUGGCGGAUAUCCCAUGCCCAUGUAUUCGGAGGUGCUGAAACCCAAGAGAACGGCGGCGCCUGCUCCCGCUGUCAAUGCGCUGCCUGAUCAGGAUACUGUGGUGUGCGGCAGUCUGCAGAUUAAACCAAAUUAUGUGGAAAUCAGGCAUCGAGAUGUUGUACACAAGACCAACUCCAUGCCGCAUCAUUAUCAGCGUAGAUCUGGCGAGGAUUUGCCCAACAAAUACGAGGAAUAUGUAGCGGAGAAGCGAGAGCAACACCAGCAGGCACCACCGCCAGUCUAUCCCGAAAGAAAGCAGAGCCUGCCCGCUGCGGCGCCUGUGUAUUUCCCACGCAAGAAGCCAGCCAACUUGGAGGAGGCCAUCAAUGAGCUGGAGGCCAUUUACAAGAGUCUGGGACUCACAGAGCCACAGGAACCAAAAGCAGAGAUGCCACAGAUGGAGCCUCCUGCCGCGCCCAAGCUGCGUGUGCCCACUCCGAGUGACUUUGAGAAGUUCGCGCUGGCCCAUGCGGAUGAGUAUGAUGAUGAGGACUCCCCCACAGGCGAGCCAGAUCCAGUGCGGGAUGAUGUGGCCUACAGGAACUUGCAGCUGGCGAAUCUGCAGCAUCGUUCGUCUGAGCGGCAGCCACCGUUUGGCAUACCGGUGGGUCCCAUUGUGCCUGCCCCACAGUCGGACUAUCUGCACGUGGAACCCAUACGAGUGAUCAAAAAGAAGAAGAGCACCUCCCCGGACAUCGUGAAGGACGAUCUGGCAGUGCGUGCGCUGCGCAAGGAUCCGCCAGGACCCAAAUCAAGCUUCCACUAUCCCAUGCAAAAGAAACAGCGAGCCACACGGACUCAGUCCGCGAAUAUCUACAAUCUGAUCCAUCGAGAUGCAGCCAAACCAUCGGGUGGAGAUCUCAGGAGCUACAUGGAGCUGACCAAGAGCAUUGAGCGAGCGGGCAGCAUGUCGAAUCUGCAGGCCGAGGCCACCAGUGACAUACCAGCGACGUUGGAUCUUCUGCGAAAACUGAAAGCCCAGGAUGAGGAGAUGGAAGCGGUGCAAAAGAAAGCCCAUGCCAUACCCUUUCGUCAUCCCAGUCAGGGCGGUGCCAUUGCCCAUCUGCCAGAGCGUUUGAUCAGCAAGGAGGAAGCACCCAAGGCACCGCCUGUGGCCGCGCCACGAAAGAGUCUCACACCGGAACCGCACCUCGAUGAUGCGCUGAACAAAAUCGCGCAGGAUGCCCAAGCGAGCAGCCUUAAGUUGAGCCAAGAACUUCAUGAACUGCGCAGGGAGGCGCUGAUAACAGCAGCCAGGCCCAAACUGAAUGCCGAACAGCAGAAACUUGAGAAUGAACUGCAAGAGAUCGAUGCCGUGUCCAAGGCGGCCAAGAGAUGCGGCCAAAUGUUGCUGGACAAUCUGCCCGAUGCGGGACAGGAGGAGGAAUACCAGAUGCAACCACAAAGGAAGCUCCACAAGGAGGGAAAACUCAUACGCGCCAUAGAUGAGGUGUCCGAGGCGGCAAAUGCCGUGUGCGAGAAGAUCCUGAAGGAUAUUGUGACGACAGAGCCACCCGUGAUAGUCCAUGAGGCGCGGCAGGUGAAGCAGCCCACAGGAGCAGCCCAGACGGAGCAUCUAGUGAUGCCGAACCUCAUCAAAAAACUGGAUCCCAUACAAUCGGAGAAGAUGGAGCAUAUUGCGCGCCGCUGCAUGCGGCAGCUGAGCGAACUGGCGGAGGCACCGCAACCGGACUACGAUAAUCUGCCUGCUGCCUGUAAUAUAAACGCUGCACCAGCCACCGACGCUGCUGGGGCUGAUGCCACUCUCAUUUCUACCGUUCCAGAGACGCUCGAGGAGAUUGACAAAAUAAUGCAGGAGUGUGAGCGUCAGGCGAAGGGCAGCACAGCGGGUUCAGGCUCCACCACCGAUGAUCAACGCACCACUGCCCCCAGCAUAACGAGUGGCAGCAACAGCAACAGUCACAGUGGAGGCGGCAGCAGUUGUCCACCGAAUGUGAGCACCACAGCGAGCUCUUUCAGCAGCAGCAGCGAUUGCUUGGCCAAAUCAUCGAGUCCAUCGACUGCCAGUCGCCUAUUGUCCUCGAGCAUUACCUCUUUCAAUCCGUAUUCCUCGAGCGAUUACAUCAAGUCACAGAGCAGCGAUUAUCAUGCACCCAGCACCGAUCCCAUCAAGACAUUCAGCACCACAUCGUACGAUGUGCAGUCCACCACAGCGAAUAACACCACAAAUAGCACCAUGAGCACUACCAAUAAUACGAAUACGAUCAGCAGUUGCACCACAAACCUACGGGAGACAAAUCCGGAGACAACCGCCUCGUGCUCCUCCGUGUCUCCACAGCCGCUGCAGCUGACGCCCGUGCGAGGCACAUCCUCAUCGCCGUCGCAGUACAACUCCAGCGAGGAGCUGGCUGCCAUUUUUGGCAUCGAAGAGCAGCCCAAACAAAGGAAGAAUCGACAGCAACAGCAGCAGCAGCAGCAGCAGCACACAGAACCCACUGCGCCCUCAAGUGACUUAUCCACAGCCUCAGCCACUGCCAAAUCGAGCUGCCACAAGCCACAAGAAAAUUCGCAGACUUCACCUUCUACUGCAGCGACCAAAGCAAGAGCCUCUGAGGACUCCAGUGGCGCCUCAAAAUCCAGCGGAUACCGGGGACAGCAUCCACACUUUUAUCAUCAUACAACGCCCGCGUAUUAUACGGAUCUGCAGUUGAAGAUUCACACGCCACAGGCCACGGAUGUGGGUGCGUUGAAUGAGAAUUAUCAGAGUGUUUAUGCAACGCCCAGCUGCAACACACAGCUGGUGGAGCAGCGCAGAUCGUUUCCCAAGAGUGCAACACGUGCCACGUUUUUUCGUGGCGAGGCUGCAUCGACACAAGACGCCACAAGAAGGCGUCAGCGGCCGGGCAGCGAGUGCAAUCGUUACUUCAAAUACUCACCGGGAUCUGUGAGCCCUACAAAAGGUGAAGAAACGAGCAGCCACAGCAACCAUCCCUUGAGUCAGUCCCCCACAAUCAUCAGAACACCCAGCCACAGCCACAGCCACAGCCCCAGCAUUACACGCACACGCACCAACAAUAGAGAUAGUUGUAGUAAUCCACCCGUAGAGAAAGCUAGUCCUGUUCCAGCUCCAGCUCCAGCUCCUGCUCCAGGCCGCAACAGUCGCCAUAAGCAGCGGUUCCAUCAGCGUUCCAAGCGGGCGGUGCGCGUGCGCAGCGAGUCCCGUCCCAUUAGCGCUCUCUACGAUAUAAUAUGCAAGGAGAAGAAUCAGGACGAAGGCGACAGCACCACCAGCAGCAGCAGCAGCAGCACAAGCAGCGGCAACAGCAGCAGCAACGAGAAGGAGAAGGAGACGAAGGAGCAGCAGCAACUGAAGGACACGGUACCAAUAACCGACAAGCUGGCGACCUUUUGGCCUUUGCAUCAUCGCUUCCACACUCCCCCACCAUCAAUGCAGAAGGAGCCGCCUCCGGGUGGCGCCACCACUGCCACUGCCACUGCCACUAGUCUCAUGCCAAGGCGUGGCGUUGGCGUGCAGCCGGAGAACAGCAGCAGCGCAGACUCGUUGCAUGCCCUGCACUCUAGUCACAAUUGCACGAAUCUGGUGGCAGCCACUGCCAACGCCAAGGCCGCAUCGCUGCCCCCACAACCCGCACGUCGCGUGGCACCACCAGCUGUGUCUGUGCCAGUGUCGCAUCAUCAGCGCUUGGCCAAGAGCCUGGAGCCCUCGGCCAAGACGACAGCACCGCCCGCGUCGGCGAAUGUGCGAAACUAUGAUGCGGGCAGACCGGUCAGCACGGAACGGCUGUUCGUGGAGCCACCGAACGUCUCGGGGCUGGCAGUGCAGGAUUUCAAGCGUCGCUUGAUCAAUCAGGGGGAUGGACAUGAGGAUGCCGCCACUCCAGAGGAGCAGCAAUUCGAUCAGGGUGAGGUCUUUGAUACCCUCGCACGCUGGCAGAAGGAACUGACGUCUGCAAGUGACAAGAUUCAGCUGGUGAAUGGUGCGACAGCCACAGCCACAGCCAAUGGCCAUCAUGAUCAUUACGAGCAUCAACAUCAUCAUUCACCUCAUCUAGAACACGAUCAACGGUCGCACAUGCAUCAAGAAUCAUCAUUGCCAUCAGUAGAAUCGCCAGUGAGCAUAUCCAAGCAUCAGCAUCAGUUGUCUCCUCAACAUCAGCACCAGGCCACCAAUGCACGAAGAUUCAUAACGCGCACCACACGCUCCCAUAGUCGCCAGGGAUCCGCCACUGGUGGCCAUCACACAUCGCCACCGCCACCGUUGCCGCUGCUAUCCUCCGCCUCCGCGGGUGCCAUCAUCGGAUCUAGCACCACAGCCGCUGGCUAUCAUAGUGACUCCUCCUACAGUUCGCCCUCGCCCACCAGGAGACGGAAUAAACCAUUAAUUGGCACCGCCACAGGCACCGGCACCCUAUCCACAGAUCCCCAAUCCUCGGCGAAUGGCAAUAGUUCUGCUUAUGAAACGGCAGCCACCACUGUGAUGACACACGGACCAGCAGUAAAGGCGCCACUUCCACCUCCUCCUCCACCACAGCAGCAGCUGCAGCAGCAGCAGCAUCGUGAUCAACAGCAGCAGCAGUCGCCGGUUGCCACCGUUGAAGUUCCUAAGGCGGAAUUCAAGCCUCAACCUCCAACCGAGACGUCCAUCAGCGCCGCCGCCUGUCCAGUUGCAGUUUCAGUCUCCGCAGCAGCCACAUCUGCCGGUAACUCAGCAACAGCUACAAGCAGCAGCAGCAGCAACAACAGCAGGGGAAAACUUGCCACCAAAUGCAGCAUUAAUUGCGCUUACAUACACAACAACAAUUGUAGCUGCCACAGCAGCAGCAACAUCAGCAGCAACAGCAACAACAACAGUAAUCUGCAACUGCCACAGAAACGAGGCAACAACACCACGCCCAUGCCGCCCCUAGCUAAUGCCAACAAAGCGCCUUUAAUUGUGCUGAAAGCUGCAGCAGACGCAGCAUCAACAGGAGGAGGCACCACAGCUGUUGCCGCCGCCGCCUCUGCCUCGAGUUCACCCAUAAAACGUCGCAAGAAUCCGCCCGCCAUUUCCCCUUUGAGCUUUGGCUUGGAGGCAGCGACGGCGACAGCGACAGGGGGCGGCAGCUGCUGCUCUUCAUCCACAUCCACAUCGCCCCAAACCUCGCCAGCGGUGCGUCAAACUAAAGCCAGUCGACUGCGUGCCGCAGCGCUCGACAAGAAAAAGGAAGAGGAGCAACAACAGCAACAACGUCAGCGCUAUAGUUCGCCCUGUUCCCCAAGGAACCCUGGGGCAGCAGCAACAGGUGGUCGCUCGCCAAGUCGUCGGCUCAGCAGCUCUGAGAUUUCACCCAAAUCUGCCAUCGUGAGUGGCUUCAAUUCAGAGCCAGCAACAGGAGCAGUACAGCAGUUCAAGCCGCGUUCCUCCUCCCAACCGGCUGAUACACCGCCCACACAGCGCAGACAUAAUCUGGUGGCCGUUGGCAGUGGCCUCUCCAUGAAGCAGAACCUCAGCGAACUUCACUUUACGGCCUCGUCCGAUUGCACCCUGAAGAUGAUGCGGCCACGCAGCAGCACAUUGAGCACAGAGCAAACGGACAACCAAAAUGGGGCACGCGAUAAUCUCAAUUUGGCCAAUUUGCAGCUGAGUCCCGUGCAAAAGCACAAGCGAACGCCGGAGAGUUCCCCUCGUCGUCUGGGAGAUCGCGAUAAGUCGGCGAAACGUAAAUCAAAUUUGAAUCGUUCAUUGACAGAGGAAGCCACCAAGGAUGGCGAUGAGGCAGAUGCCACGAAUCGCCGACGACGACGUCGGGAGCUGGGCAUGGCACGUCCUUUGGUGCCUGGCGAUGAUGAGGCGCUGCGGGAUCUGCUCUCUCAGUCGCCGUUGAAGAGCUCUUGCAGCGAGUCCACUGGCGCCUCGAAAUCGGAGCCCGUGCGUUCUGUGGUAUGCACUUACCCAGGACUGCGUCAUCCCGAGGUGGCUGUGCGCACGAUGACAGCGGUGCUGCCAACGCCACGACCGCUGCAUGCCACACAGCCGGCGGCAAAGAGUCUGUCGCAAAAGUUCAAUGAGCGAACCCGUGCGGAUCUGGCGGAGAUUAAGAAGAUUGUGGAUCAAACGGAGGAGAAGCAACAGCAGCAGCAGCAGCAGAAGCAGCAGCCAGAGGAGCUGUCCAGUCAGAAAAUGUCUGCUGCAGCGCUGCGACGCAAGAGCACAGAUGAGGCAGGAGCCACAGGAGCUGCACAGAGCUCUCCCCCAGCCCCCAAUCAAAUUGUUUCCAUACUAAAGAAAAAGGAACAGGCCUUUGGGGACUGCAAUUCGAGUGCUUCGAGCAAUGCCUCACCGGUGACGUUCUCCUCGAGUGUCAUGGAUCCACCGCUGGCCGGAACUGCUCGCAGCAAGCGUCAGGGGAUACUGAAGAAGCGCUCGAGCCUGGAUGAAUCGCGUUACUACUCCCGCUCCCAUUCACCGGAUGAACGGAGCAUUCUGAUCAAGUCAGCGCGCAGGAACUCCCUCGAGGAAGCAGGCACGGGACUGAGUCCCGCCCAGAGUCAUGGCAUACUGAAGCAGAGCAGCUACGACAGCAGCAAGAGCGAUGGCUGCCCCUCGGCGACAGAGAGUCAGCCACACAGCAUACUGAAGAAGAAGGACUCGCUGUCGACGCCCUCGGAUGGCGGAUGCCACAAGCAUGUGUCCAUCUCGCAGGCCGUGACACUGGCAGCCGCUGAACUGGCGGCACAUCACGAUGGCAGCUACGGGCUGGAGGAUGUGGCCGUGGAUGCCGAUGGGCAUGAGAUUCGACCCAUUCUGAAGCAGGAGAGCACCUCCAGCGAGGAGGCUGUGCGCCCCCCGAAGCCCAUACUGAAGAAGAAAUCGUUCGGGGAUUCGGAUGAGCACGAGACGAUUCGACCGAUUCUCAAGUCCUCCCGCAAGAGUAGCCGCGAGGAGUUCGACUUGAGCGGAUUGGACCAUGAGGGCGGCAACGAUUCACCCAUUCAUCCCAUACUCAAAACGGAUUCACCCUCCAAGCGUCGCUCGCUGGGCUCCAACCACGACCAGGAUUCGCCGAGUCUCCUCAAGCGCCGCACCCGCUCACUGGAGCGUCAGGAUGCGCCACCAGUCAUCGAUUUGGCUGCUGCACUCGAUGCCAUCUCCACAUCGCAGGCGGCAGCUGCACCCAACAGCAGCACCCCCGUGGAUUUUGUCACCACGCCGUCGAGCAUAUCCGUGGCGGAGAGGAUUAAGCGCAUGGAGAUGCUCGCAACGCCGACCUCACGCCUGGCGGGUGGCAUCAAUAGCAGCUGGGAGUCGCCGCUACAACAUACACCAGAGGCAGCAGAGGGAAGUCCUGCGCCGCGACUGCUGAAACCAAGUGUCCUGCGAAGGGAUCUCCAACGAGAGCGAUACAAAACGCAGCCAGUUACCAGCGAGGAAAAGAGUUUCUUUAAAGCAAACUCCACGCCCUUUGACAUCUCGUCGUCGGGUGCUUCGUCGGCGUUCAAGCCCACCAAACCGCUGGACAUUCGCCUGAGUCACACCCAACAGCAGCAGCAACAGCCACUAAUUUCGCCGAUAACUGGACAACCACUGAGCCACGUGCCAGCCCCACUGCUGCUCUCCUCAUCGACACACUCGGGGGCAGGCAGCUCCUUCCGUUUGGCACGCAGCUCCACGCAACCCCUACAAUCUCCACGUGUCGUGCACUUGGCCGCACAGGGUGGGCAUUCGAGUGCAUCCCCCCCAACCUCAUCGUCCACGCUGCUGCUGGCACGCCAGCAUUCAAUCAACGACAGCGUCAAUCUCAGCGAACAGUUGACCCUCUCUGUGGGCACGGACAGUGAGCACAUCUUCGAGAUGUCCGGACUGGAUGAGGACUCGGCCAUACAGUCGCUGAGCGACGAUGUAUCCGCCUCUGCAUCUGCAUCUGCAUCUGCCACCGCCGCCGCAACCACAACGCCAGCCAGUGGUUUGGCCCGCAGCAAUAGUGUUCGGGCCAGGGCCAAUAUGUUCCAGCAAUUGCAGCAGGAACAGUCAUCGCGCAGUCGUCGGUCCGAGGCAGCAGCAUCAUCAUCAUCAGUAGCAGCAGCAGGAGAGCAGUCAACGCCACGUGCAACGGGAGCCACACGACGGCAAUCAUCGCCUGGAAAUACCACGAAUCUUGUGGAAAUGUCGUCCCUAAAUGAUGAUCCAAUGACGCCAAAUAACACGCAAGAUACAGAAUUUGGCAAACAGCCCAACGAACCAUUAAAGGGCAUUCUCAAGAGCAGACCUUUGGCUGGUCCCAUGGGUCGUGGCCUCAUGCCCGUGGAUCUCAAUGCGGAGCUAAAGAAUCGCCUGAAACGCUCCACGCAUGCCACCGUCUCGAACCUCCGCAAGUCGGCGACCACUGCAGAUGCCACACGUGGCGAUGAGGUGGACAAUCCGCAGCGGAACCUGGCGCAGAUACUGCGGAAUGUAUCCAAGGAGAAUGCCAACACACCGAAGCACGAUGAUGCCGUGAAUCUGGUGAGGAAUCUCGCCACGCUGGGCCAGCCUCGGGCGGCAGCAGCUAGCGAGGAUGCGGCGGCCGGUAAUUGUGCCUCUGCAUCGGAGGGCGAAAGUUCUGGGGGUCGCGAAAUCGAGGCAAUUAUCAAGAACAGUGCUGUGGCACGUCGUCGUCGCCAGCAGCAGCAGCAGCAACAGCAGCAACAGCAGCAGCCACAGCCGCCAGAUGGCAAUUCGCUCAUUGCAAAAAGUAAAAGUCACUCGGGCAUAGCAGCACCUCUGCCACCCAGCUUUGGUGGCAGCAUCGUUGGCCCCCAGUUGCCCCCACUUGGCAGCGGUUUCGUCAAGUUGCGUCAUGUAGCAAAGGGUGAAGAGGAGAGCCACCAGCAGCCCAGCACUUCGUCAGCGUCAGCGUCAGCGAAGGAAUCACCAGUGCACUCAUCGCAAUCAGCGACAGAUAAGAGCCACACAGCUGAGGAGGAGCAAACAGAAGACACAUCGAAUCCCACCGCUUUGCCCCAGUUUCUUCAAGGCGUGCGUCGCUCAUCGACCCAGGUCAUGGGUCCCGAUCAGCGCUCAAUGGCCAAGACCACCUCCAUUGCGGAGCGUCUGGCGGCGCUGCAGAAGAGCGGAGAGGAUGAUUGGAGGAAACGCAUCUCGAAGCGCGACGAAACCGAUGAUAUACGACGCGAAAACUUUGUAAACGAGUCGCUCUCUCUGGCCCACUCGCUGUCGGACAAGCCGCUGCCACCCUCGCCACUGAUACCCACCAGCCUUGAGGGCGGCAAGGUCUCCGAUCGCUUGGGCAAACUCAAAUCCAACUCGGAGAACUGGAAGCAGCGCAUAGAACAAACCGAUGCCAAGAAGUUCACAGUCGCUGGACGACUGCAGAAGAAGGCCCAGUCCCCGGUGGAGUUGCAGUUUGAGCGCUCGACCAACGAUGCGGCCAAGAAGUGUCCCAUGCUGGAGGUGCGCAGUGCCAAUCAGCCGCAGCUGGGCCUGGCCAAGAGCCCCUCCAUGAUGGUGACCAGCAGCACUAACACUGCCAAGACUACGCAGCGCAGCCUCAGCGUCAAUCCCGAGGAGGAGAUCUCCACUUUGAGCCGCUCGAACAGCAGCAGCUCCGACUCGGAUGGGGAGCGCAGUUCCCCGCAGAAUGCCAAACAGAACAAGGAGCUGGCCAACAACAAGAGUGCUGCAGCGCCCACGAAUGUGGGUUCGAGGAUACAGGUGCCACGACAUGACGACAAGGAGACCUUCGAGAACUUCUUUGCCACACAGCCCACAGCCAAUGCACAGCAGAAGGAGGCUGCGGCGGAGGUGGAGAUCAGCGCCUUCGAUGACAUAAAGCCCACAGAGCGUUUGGUGAGCAAACGGCAUGUGCAGGGACCUAAGGGACGUCGUGCUGCCCGCAAUCCCCUCAAGAGUCUGGCGGCACGCAGCGACAUCACUUCGGAGUACACGGAACUGCGCACAGGAGUGGCCGAGCGAGAGUUGCGUCGCCUCAAGCUGGAGUCAUUCGGACAGCCUGGAAAUGGAAAUCUCGCCGCUGAAGCCAUUGCCGGACUGGCCUCCAUAGAGGACUUCAAGGCAGUGGCCUUGAGGUCGUCAUCGCUGCCACUGCAGCAGAUGUGGCUGCCCCACAAACCGGUGAUGCUGCUGCAUGUCAAGGGGCGCACUCAUGUGCAGACCCGUCUGGUGGCUCCCAUUCACACGUCGCUGAAUCGCGGCGAUUGCUUCAUUCUAGUCUCGGGCUCCCAGCUCUACCGCUACGUGGGCUCCUUCGCGAAUGUCAUUGAGAUCUCGCGCAGCAAGAAGAUCUGCGCUGCCAUCGUGGAGAACAAGGAUCUGGGCUGCACGGCCAGCCAGGAGGUGAUCCUCUCGGAUGGCAAAUUCGUCAACGAGCGGCAGUGGCGCCAGUUCUGGUCGCUGCUCGGCAAGCCGGAGGAGGAGGCGUAUGAGAUUCCCGAAUGUGGCCAUGCCGACGAGGAUGAUGUCUUCGAGAGCAGUCUGAUUGAGACGAACAAGAUCUACGAGUUCCAGGAUGACGCUCUCAUCCCGCUGGACAAGUACUGGGGCUGCAUACCCAAGGUGGACAUGUUGGACACACGCAAGGUGCUUGUGUUUGACUUUGGCAGCGAGCUGUACGUGUGGAAUGGCAAGAACGCCACGUCGGAUGCCAAGCGGGCGGCCAUGCGGCUGGCCCAGGAGCACUUUGUGGCCAAGGAUUCGGCAGACUAUGCCCAGUGCUACCUGAAUCCCCUCAACUAUGUCUCCAUUGUCGGUCGCCGUGAGAGCACCACCUACGCCAAGCGAUGCGCGGAAAGGCCAGACUGGUGCGUGCUUGGGAAGAUUACCCAGAACAUGGAGACGGCGCUGUUCAAGGAGAAGUUCAGCGACUGGCCGGAGCUGGAGAGGGAGGAUCUGGAGAAGGACUACCUGGCGAAUGGCGUGCAUGUGGUGCGUGCCCUCAAUGGAGCGGCGCUGCACAAGGGCGAGCCCUACCAGGAGCCCAAUCUGGUGCUGGAACAGUCGAACCUCGGGAGGGGAAACUUCUACUACGACAACGACACGAUGCGGCACUUUGAUGUCAUCACCAAGUCCACCGACAAGUGGCAGAUACACGAGUUCAACUUCGAUGCGGCCAACGGUAGCGAGGAUUACGGCCACUUCUACUCCGCCGAGAGCUACAUUGUCCGCUGGAUCUAUCAGAUAUCGGUGACCGUGCGAGAGCUGAGCGGAAAGGUGUCCAACAGAAGCACUGUGGGUCGCGAUCGUUGCGUCUACUUCACGUGGCAGGGACAGGACUCGAGUGCCAAUGAGAAGGGUGCCGCCGCUCUCUUGACUGUGGAGCUGGACAAGGAGAAGGGCUCCCAGCUGCUGGUGGCCCAGGGCGAUGAGUGCACGGCCUUUGUGCGUCUGUUCCGCCAGCUGUGGCAGCAUCGCGGCCGCAAGGAGCAGUGCCUGGAGAAGCGCAACCAGUGGCGACUCUACCAACUGCAGGGCAAUGUGCCCGAGGAGUCGCUGCUAAAGGAGGUGGACUGCCAGUCGCAGCAACUGCGUUCCCGCAGCUCCAUGCUCAUGAUUCACGGCAGCCAGGGACUCGUCAUCGUCUGGCAUGGCUCGAAGAGCGCUCCACACUCACGCAGUGUGGCUCUGGAGGCUGCCCAGGAGUUAGUCAAGCAAAUGCCCAAGGAUCUCUUCAGUUGCGAAAGUGCUGCCAUCCUCACAGAGCUGGAGGAGGGCGACGAGAGUGAGGACUGCAAGAAGGCUUUGGGUUUGGAAGAGCAGCGCACGGACUAUGGCAGCCUGCUGAAGUCCACCAAAUCCUUCGACUACCAGCUGAGGAUCUUCAACUUCUCCAGCACACAGGGCGUGUUCAAAGCCUUGGAGCUGAGCGAUCCACUGCGGUGCCAGGACAAGUACAGUCCGUAUCCGUUUAGCCAGGCGCAACUCUACAAUGCACGUCAGCCGACCAUCUUCCUGUUGGAUGAUGGCGAUGAGCUGUGGCUCUGGAUGGGCUGGUGGCCACUUGAGGAUAUAAAGAUAACAACGGAUGAGAGAAGCAGCCCCACAAAUGACAAUCGGGCUGGUGUUAAUCGCUGGAUCUCAGAGAGACGCGCUGCCCUCGAGACGGCCGUCGACUAUUGGCGUGCCAAGCACGGUGAGAAUGUGAAGGAAGCGUUCCAUGGCGUCAAGGGCCAGGUGGUGUGGGCAGGCCUCGAACCAUUGGCAUUCAGAGCACUCUUUCCGGAGUGGAAUGAGCGUGCCGAUGUCAGGGAAAUCAAUGUAGAGGAUGGCCGUACGGAUGAUAUCAUUGAAAUUAGCACAAUGCUGGCACAAAUGACACAGACAGAGUAUCCUUUGGAGGUGCUCAAGGGGCGACCACUGCCCGAGGGAGUGGAGCCCACGCGACUGGAGGUCUACUUGAAUGCCGAGGACUUUCAGGUGGCCCUGGGCUGCAGUCGGGCGGAGUUUGAGCAGCUGCCCAUCUGGAAGCAGACCAAGCUGAAGAAGGAGCGGGGCCUGUUCUAGGAGAGAGGCACAAUGCAACCAUAUAGACUUGAACACAAUCACAAACCACACAAACCACACACCCAUACACACACUUUUCUAAGCACACUUUUGUAUGCGGCGAUGCUUUUGCAACGGGCACUGACAUAACUUACUAUAUAACAUAGUAUAUUCUAUAUAUAUAUAUAUCUAAACAAGUAUCAUAUAUACACACGUGCGCAUAUCCCUAUGUACUCUCUAUUUUACACACAAACUACAUAUGAUAUAUAUCCUUUUAUAUGUAGUAGUUAUAUGCAAGCAGGCGACACUGCACGACUAUUAUGCAAGUGCACGAUGCCAGGCAAUAAACUUCAAAUCGCUUCAUUCGACAACCAACUCAUUCAACUGUUCAGAGUCCAUCGAUUAUACCUGUAUAUAAAUAUUAAGUUGUUUUUACAUUAUGUAUUUUAUUUUAAUGUAUUAUUAUUUGAGCGAUUUAACGAAAUUUGCAUUUGUUCAAUCUCCGCAA